GUCACGACCCGUCUGCGCAUCUGCGGGCUGGCAGGCUUCUAGUUCUGCCGGAUGUGUGGUGCUUGUGGCAAUGGCUACUCGUCGAGCUUUGCACUUCGUCUUCAAAGUGGGAAACCGCUUCCAGACCGCGCGUUUCUUUCGCGAUGUCCUGGGGAUGAAGAUUCUGCGGCAUGAGGAAUUUGAAGAGGGCUGCAAAGCUACCUGUAAUGGGCCUUAUGAUGGGAAAUGGAGUAAGACAAUGGUGGGAUUUGGACCUGAGGAUGAUCAUUUUGUCGCAGAACUGACCUACAAUUAUGGCAUUGGACACUACAAGCUUGGCAAUGACUUCAUGGGUAUCACCCUCGCUUCUAGCCAGGCUGUCAGCAAUGCCAGGAAGCUGGAGUGGCCACUUAAUGAAGUUACGGAAGGUGUUUUUGAAAUCAAGGCCCCAGGAGGAUAUAAGUUCUAUUUGCAGAAUCACAACCCACCUCAGUCAGAUUCUAUAUUAAAAGUAACUCUAGCAGUGUCUGAUCUUAAGAAGUCCUUGAACUACUGGUCUAAUCUACUGGGAAUGAAAAUUUAUGAAAAAAGUGAAGAGAAGCAAAGGGCUUUGCUGGGCUAUGCUGAUAACCAGUGUAAGCUGGAGCUGCAGGGUAUCAAGGGUAGAAUUGAUCAUGCAGCAGCUUUUGGAAGAAUUGCCUUUUCUUGCCCCGAGAAAGAGUUACUGGACUUAGAAGACUUGAUGAAAAGGGAGAACCAGAAGAUUCUGACUCCCCUGGUGAGUCUGGAUACACCAGGGAAAGCAACAGUACAAGUGGUCAUUCUGGCUGACCCUGAUGGACAUGAAAUUUGCUUUGUGGGGGAUGAAGCAUUUCGAGAACUUUCUAAGAUGGAUCCAGAGGGAGGCAAAUUGUUGGAUGACGCAAUGGCGGCAGAUAAAAGUGAUGAAUGGUUUGCUAGACACAAGAAAUCAAAGGCUUCGGGGUAACAGAAGACAUGAUGUGGAACAAGCAUUUGUGAUUCCUGUCUAGCACCUGCAAGGCCUGAUGUGUCCAUGCAUGAUAAAGACCCUCAUACCUUGCUUGUCUCCUGUACCAGCAAGGAAGCUGGGGUGGUAAAAAUCUGUGUGUCUUAAUCUUUGAAAGCGCUAAGAUAUAUUUUAGAAAUAAAAUCCUACUGUCUAUCCAGUUAGAGGAGAACUGUUGCUGUAAUCAGCAGUGUUACUGGAAUGGCACAUUCUUUGUGUAACUCAAUUAGAUUAGUCAUAAAUUAUUUUUUAGAUUGGGCAGCUAUGUGGGACACUACCUGUGGUUGGAGAUGGAGGGAAUUUUGAUAAGCUUAUAGCAGGACUACUUCUGGCACCAUGCUGUUCUAAUGCCUUCCUCUGGCAGGCCUUGACACUGAAAAAUAUUAAAGAGGGGCGCCUGGGUGUCUCAGUGGGUUAAAGCUUCUGCCUUCAGCUUGGGUCGUGAUCCUAGGGUACUAGGAUCAAGCCCCAAGUUGGGCUCUCUGCUCAGUGGGGAGCCUGCCCCCCCACCGCCUGCUUCUCUGCCUACUUGUGAUCUCUCUCCUCUGUGAAAUAAAUAAAAAAUCUUAAAAA